AUGUACGAAUUGCCAAUCCGUCUCCUCUCGCCGAGCACCAUCCUCAAGCGUCGCAAAGCAAACAGUUUCGAGCUGGCCACCCUUCUGUGCAGCUAUUUGAUAGGAAAUGGAUUUGCAGCGUGCGUGGUGUCCGGUUACGCUACACGGGAGAUCGUCAACAACGACCAGCGCCGGGUUUGCUGUCCCUACAUUCCGUGCCAGGUUCAGGAGGGCAGCGAGGACGAGGUGAUUGAACCGAGCAAAUAUCAGUUGCGAGAUCCCCCCGACUUACGCAGCCGCUACCUGCUGGAACUGGAAGAGGAGAAGGUAGCCAAGAUCAAGGAGGAGGAACGCAAACGUGAGGAAGCUCACCUCAGGGAAAUUGAAGACUUGGAACGCCCCACGGUGGAUACCAAACAAGGACACCGGGUUCAUGCGUGGGUUGCCAUCAUUGAGAAUGCUCCCUGGUGUUACAAACCGGGCUACCGUGAAACGACCAUCGAUCCAAACACCGGAGAGAGGGUGCUGCUUCCUCCGAGUGCCUUCUUUAUUGAGCCUGCUUCCGGGUUCCGUUUCGAAGUCGAUUCCCCGAACUACCUUGCGAUCGAGAGUGUAUGGAAUCAGCACAACUACUACGUCAACAAACAGAAUCCCAUCACGGAUAUCAAGAACAUGCGCUGGGAUUUCAAGGCAACAAAGAAUUGGGAGCAUUUUCUCCCUGGGGAACCAUUCGAGCUGCGCGAUGAUUGCGUUGUUCCAGAGGAUCAGGAACCGCUGACAACCGAGGAAGAGUUGGAAAAGGAAAAGCACUUGGAUCUACCGACGUCCUGGGUUGGUCCGCUGUCGAUUUCAAUGUCCCAAUACGAACAACGCUACCCGGAAGGCAGAAAGGUGAUCUACUUCAAGCGUGCCAUCUACGAACGGUUUGCUCCGUAUUCAAAUUUACUCGGAUUGAUCAAACGGCUCACGCUGUACGAAACGUUGAACUAUGAAAAUUCGACCACCCGUUGGGAGUGGUACAUUAAUCGAGAUGACUCCCUCACGAUGAUCGUUCACGACUACGGAAGGAAGGAAAUCGAAGAAAUGUUUGCCAAAGGACGGCCGGAUUCGCUGAAGGCGCUGAGACGGAGCUCGGAACCGCACCGAGAGUGUCGGUUGACGUUCUUCCAUCAGUACCGGUUCGAUUCGUUGAAGGAGCUGGUCUAUCAUCCGUCGUACGUUCAGGAGCACUACGAUAAACGGGACGAUUUGUUGUACUACCGAGAGUUCAAAAACAUUCCGAGGGACCCAGUGACCAUGGAAGACUGCAAACUAACUCAAAUAACCGAAAAGUACCACCGCAACCCGGAGAAGGAAGCCGUUCGGAAUAUCGCCACCAGAACGUGCUAUGUGGAUGAAAACCGGAUUUUGCUACAAUUCCACUACGGCGAAGACUGCAUCACCGCUUCCACUCGGCAGUUCAUAAAACCACCCGUGUCCGAAAUGGGCGAGGAAGUGCCUUACGAUUCAAAAUGCACUUCCGGUUACAUUUCCAAUCCAUGGGCUCCACAACCGACCCAUCUGGAGCUGUUUCUGCUGCUCAAAGAGCAAUUGAAAGCCGAAGAAGCCUCGACCCGUGCCUUCUUCCGGCGGGUAGUGGAAAUCGAAAGUCUACUCCGGGAACGCAAGAGGCAAAUCGAUUCGCCCAAGCUCACCUUCAGCCUGUUUGAUCCGCUGCGCAAUGCAGAAGCCCGUCGUAUGCGGUUGGAAAAAUACGAACAGCUCCGAGCGCGGGAGGAGCUCAUCAAACAGCAGCAGGCGGACUUUUUGGCACCGUAUCUGGUCCGGCUGGAUGAAAGUGCCUCCAACCAUGGCAAGCUGAUGGCUGCCUACCAGGACUGCAAGGAAGAUUUGCGCAAGUUCUACAACGGGCUGGAGGAGGAGAUGAAGGUCCGGCUGGAUGAGCUGCUGUCGGAGGAAAAUUCGUUGCGACGGUUUUUGAGCAAGUUCCAGGAGCACUUUGCAGACGAGGAGUACGACAAGUUCAUCAUGGAGGGCGAGAAUAUCGAGCUGAGCAAGAACGUGGUGCAGAUGAGGAUUGAGAAUCUCCGGGAUGAGUACCGCCAGAAGGCGGAGCAUCUGGAGAAGGCACUGUACGAGGACGAACGACUGGGAGGAUCACCACUGGCAGUGAAAAUUCGCGAGCCUUAG